CACUCAUUACGUAGUGCUUUUGUUUUGUGAGCGUUUAACACCACCCUACGGACUUGAGGGAUUCGGCUUCAGUAGGGUGUAAACAUAUCUCUACACUACGGCGAAAAGGGAUAAUAAUUUGUCAUUGAUUACUGUGAAAGCGGACUUCACUCGUAGAAUGUAGACGGAAUGUGAUGUACAUUAAAGGGUUGGCAUUGGAUCAUUUAGCAAUGCUAUCCCAAACAUUUGUGCAACAAUGGUCGCCAGGUGAAUUGUCCAUAACCGUAUGAUAUUUCGACGAUGGCGACACCUGCAGAGCAAGACCUUGCAUUAGCUGAAGCAGAAAGCAACAAGGAGAAGUCUCAAGUAUUUGGAAUCCUUAGGUUACAGGAAGAAAAAUCGGCCGGUGAAAAAGCUAGCACCACGUCCACGACCAUGAUGGCAGGGGAUGGGAGAUGGCAGGCGCCCAUAUUUGCACUAGCCAGGAAAGCAUCGGAUACCUUUUCAGGAAGUAGCAGUCAUGUUCUGGCAAAGGUAGCGGAACCCACAUCUUUUGUAAACGAAUGGAGUGUCCAAGCUCUGCGGGACCCUAUGUCGAUGGAGAGAGCUAACCUGCUGAACAUGGCCAAGCUCAGCAUCAAAGGCCUGAUCGAGUCGGCCCUCAGUUUUGGGCGCACCCUGGACUCCGACUACCCCCCACUCCAGCAGUUCUUCGUUGUCAUGGAGCACUGCCUCAAACAUGGCCUCAAAGUGAAGAAGUCCUUUCUUGGAUACAACAAGUCACUGUGGGGUCCUCUGGAGAUGGUGGAGAAGUUGUGUCCUGAGGCAGGAGAGAUCGCAGCCAGCGUCAGGGACCUACCAGGACUAAAGACUCCGCUGGGCAGAGCUCGGGCCUGGCUGCGUCUGGCCCUGAUGCAGAAGAGGCUGGCUGAUUACCUCCGCCUUCUGAUCACCAGAAAGGACCUGCUGAGUGAUUUCUAUGACAACUCUGCUGUGAUGGUAGAGGAGGAGGGUGCUGUCAUCGUUGGCCUGCUUGUGGGACUCAAUGUGAUCGAUGCCAACCUGUGUGUCAAGGGCGAGGACCUGGAUACACAGGUUGGGGUCAUUGACUUCUCAAUGUACUUGAAAAAUGACAUUGAUGACUACAGAAGUGGAGAAAGAAAUGGUCAAAUAGCAGCCAUCCUAGACCAGAAGAACUAUGUUGAAGAAUUAAAUAGGCAGCUUAAUUCUUCAGUACACGGCUUACAAGGGAGGGUCGAUAACUUGGAGAAAUCAAACUCUAAACUCAUUGAGGAGCUGGCGAUUGCAAAAAAUAACAUAAUCAAACUACAAGAGGAGAACCAUCAGCUUAGAAAUGAUAACACUAUUGUUCUCAUGAAAGCUCAGCAGCAACUUGAGGUGACCCAGGUUGACGUGGAUGUGGAGCUGGACACCUAUAAGCAGUCAAGGCAGGGCCUUGACGAGAUGUACAACGAGGCCAGGAGACAGCUCAGGGAGGAGUGUCAACUACGCCAGGAUGUGGAGAAUGAGUUGGUGGUGCAGGUGAGCAUGAAGCAGGAGAUGGAUCUGGCCAUGAAACUGUUGGAGAAGGACAUUCACGAAAAACAGGACACACUGAUCGGCCUGCGCCACCAGCUGGAUGAAGUCAAGGCCAUCAACGUGGAAAUGUACACAAAGAUGCAGACUUCUGAUGACGGCAUGAAACAGAAGAACGAUAUGAUCACUCGUUUGGAGGAGAAGACCAAUCAAAUCACAGCAACCAUGAAACAGCUGGAGCAAAGAUUACAAGAGGCAGAGCAAGACCGCUGGACUGCAGAAGAUGGAGCGCGCAAAUUCAAGCACGACUUUGCCAACAAAGCUGAUAGCCUCCAAAAGCAGAUCGCCCAGAGAGAGAAGCAAAUGCUGCAGCUGGAGAUAGACCUAAAGAUUGAGAAGGAGUGGCGGCAGACCUUACAGAACGACCUGGAGAGGGAACGAGACAUCGUUGCCCAGCUCAGUGCUGAAGCCCAGCAAAUAAAUGGACUUAAAAAGGAGUUCCACAGGCUGCAGGAUGAGAACAGCCAGCUGAAGGGGAUUUGUGAAGAACAGGAGCAGGCCCUGGAGGAACUGGGCUGCAAACUUAGCGAAUCAAAACUUAAAAUCGAAGACAUAAAAGAGGCAAAUAAAGCUCUUCAGGGAGGGCAGGUCUGGCUGAAUGACAAAGAUGCUACCCACUGUAAACUUUGUGAGAAGGAGUUCUCCAUCUCUAGGAGAAAGCACCACUGUAGAAACUGUGGGGAGAUCUUCUGCAAUGCCUGCUCUGACAACGAGCUGCCCCUCCCUGCCUCGCCAAAACCAGUGAGGGUCUGUGAUACGUGCCACGCCCUUCUCCUCCAACGCUGCUCCUCCAAUGCCACAUGAGAUGCCCCCUUUCAGGCCCAGCCGCAGCUUUAACACAAUCCCCCACCUUCCCGCAGCUCAGACGACCAGGAAACCUCUGAGCUUGUGUGACUGUUAUCAGGUGUCAAGCGUUUACAUUCUACAAGGUAUAUCCCUUUGUGUAGCAUGAGAUUUUAGAUGUUAUAUCUGUGACACUUCUAUGACACUAAGGUUCUUGUGAUAAAUGUCAACAUUCCCUUACAAUAGAUAAACCAUUUGGGCAGCUGAGCAUAUCAUUCCAAAUCUGCAGUAAGAAUAUCUCGAUAAGAGACUAUUUUAAAGUAUGUUUCACUACAGACCGUGUGAUACAGUUGUUGAGCCUGUUAUGAUAAGGAGUGGAGUCAUUGGAUGUAAUCGUAUUUUUGUUUUGUUGAGUCAUGUUAUUUCACUUGAAGGUGAACUGUCUUAAAGGACAAGUUAACUUUUUGUUAACCAAAUCUCUAUUUUUUUUAUUUAAAUGUGUGUGCGUUCUCAUUCCCAUUGUGGUGAGAACCUGGGAAUGCUCGCACACGGAAAAGUAUCACUCGAGUCCAACAAAAUGGAAUAACGAUGCGGAUAAAGUUCGUAAUGACACUUUUGUGUACAACAUCUAAAGACAUGCAUCACUAUACUGAGUGUUGUCGUUUCUAAAAAAAAAAAUAUGUUUUUGGAGCCGUUCAUGUUUUAUCUGUGCAACUGCAGAAAGAGCAUGAUGAAAUCUAUUGCUGGUGGGGUUUCUCAAAACCAAGUGAAAUCGCAGAAGAAGUGGCUGGACACUCCUAUAACAUGCUAUUUACAAAAAAGAGAUUUGGUUAAAAAAGUGAACUUCUCCUUUAACUGAUGUAAUUCACAUGUGCCUCAAAUAAGCCAAAAUACUGAAUUAGUACCUUUCACAGAUUUGUUUCUGCAUGGUAGCAUGCAGGCACAUUUUCAGAAGUAUGUUUACCAUAAGCACUAAUGUUCCCAAUACUGCUUUAAGUGGUUAUGAAGAAGCAGAAACUACAUGAAACAGCACAGGUAUGUUGUACUUUUGAUUAAGUAUGCCUAAUAAAUAUUACCUUAAGUAUUAUCAUUAAAAUACUGUAGCUAGCUAAUUUAGCAAACAAUUAAGUUUGGAAACAUGCCAAUCUUGUAUUUAUUUUCAGAGAAUGUUAUUUUUCUGCACAUUUUAUUCAAAUAUUUGUCCUACAAGUUUUUUAACUUGAUCACAAAAGUGGCAAGGAAUUUGAGAUGCACUAAUUUGUGUAACCACUUAUACACUUGCUGGAUUUUGAUUUGUAUUCAAUCAGCAAAACAAUGUUUACAAUAUAUAAUUUUCCAAAACUGGAAUUAAUACUUUAUUACAAAUGGAUGUGCUAUAUCUCACAUAGAUGAUCAAAAUAUGCUGUGUGCAGUAUGUUUUUUCAAUAUAUUGUCUUGUUCACUAGAAGCCGGUUACUUUGCAGAGCAUUAAUUCAUGUUGCCAAUCUUGUCAUUUUGACUUGGAAAAUUAAAGAGAUUGAACAGGAUCUUAAGCAUUUACAAAUGUGUAGCAUAUUGUACAAAUUACAGGAUUUUUUUUCUUUUCAUGUUUUUGCAGGACAUAAAAUACAAAAUGGAUGUUGUUGUACACAAUAGCGGAUAUGAAUAAAAAUGGCAGCCCCCAUGUA